AUGGCGUCUCAUCCGCAGCCAUCGCCCCCAAUGCACCCCCAUCCCUCCCACCAUCCGGCCCUGGCAAACCAUCCGCAGGUCAACGGCCACCCUCCCAUGGCCCAGCAGCAGGCUCAGCAGCAGCAGGCUCAGGCUCAGGCCCAGCAGCAAGCAGCUCAGCAGCAGGCCGCUCAACAACAGGCUCAGCAGGCCCAGCAGCAGCAACAGCCGCCGCCGGGUCCUCAGCAGGGUCCCCAGCCGCAGCCUGGUCCGCCUGGUCCACCGCAGCAAGCUCCUGGCCAGCCUCAAAAGGGGAUGCCACCUACUAUUUCACAGAAGAUCGCCCAGCUUAACGAAGGAGUCUGGCUUCAGAUUGGCACUUUGUCUGAGUUGAUGAAUGACCCUGAUGGCGCCAUGUACGCCUUUGAACAGGCUAUUCGGCACAACCAGUGGUCUAUUCCUGCCAUGAGUGCCAUCUCCUGCCUCCUGCGCAGCCGUGAGCAGUUCCAGAAGGCCAUCGAGUAUCUCCAGGCCAUUCUCAAGCUCGAUCCCCAGUCCGGCGAGUCAUGGGGUUCACUUGGACACUGCUAUCUCAUGCUUGAUAAUCUGCAAGAAGCAUACACGGCCUACCAGCAGGCCCUUUACCAUCUUCGCGACCCCAAGGAGCCCAAACUCUGGUAUGGCAUUGGUAUCCUGUAUGAUCGGUACGGAUCCCUUGAUCACGCCGAAGAGGCCUUCUCCCAGGUCAUGCGCAUGCAGCCAGACUUUGAGAAGGCAAACGAGAUCUACUUCCGUCUCGGCAUAAUAUACAAGCAACAGCAGAAGUUCGGGCAGAGUUUAGACUGUUUUAGAUACAUCGUCAACGACCCACCUCGUCCGCUUACGGAAGAAGACAUCUGGUUCCAGAUCGGCCAUGUUCAUGAACAGCAGAAAGACUUCGAAGCAGCCAAGGCAGCUUACAGACGUGUGCUUGAGCGCGAGCCCAACCACGCAAAGGUUCUCCAGCAGCUUGGAUGGCUCUACCAUCAGCAGAACAACAACUACAGCAGCCAGGAACAGGCUAUCGAAUACCUUGAGAAGUCUGUUUCAGCUGACAACAGCGAUGCGCAGAGUUGGUACCUGCUUGGACGAUGCUAUAUGUCUCAGGCCAAGUAUCCCAAGGCAUAUGAAGCUUACCAGCAGGCGGUAUACAGAGACGGGCGCAACCCAACCUUCUGGUGCUCCAUCGGAGUCCUGUAUUACCAGAUCAACCAGUACCGCGAUGCUUUGGAUGCAUAUUCGCGCGCCAUCCGCCUGAACCCGUACAUCUCAGAGGUUUGGUACGACCUAGGCACUUUGUACGAAUCCUGCAACAACCAAACGAGCGAUGCACUGGAUGCGUACGGCCGCGCUGCAGACCUCGACCCAACCAACGUCCACAUCAAAGCGAGGCUGCAGCUGCUCCAAAGCGGCCAGGCAGGCGGGGCCAACGCAGGCAACGCCCCGGCACCGCAGGACGUGCAUCCGCAAGCAUACCAGCAGAACGUCGGCGCUCCGCCUGGACCUCAAUGGGGUGCUCCGGCCCCUGGACCAGGCGGACUGCCACCUCAGGGUCCCGCUCCGCCAGCCCGGAUCGCGGAAUGGGGCAGACCAAGCGGAGAGCCGCAGAAUGCCAGCAACGCUCAUGGACCGGGCAGCCAGUUUGAGCAACGAGAUAACGUAAGAGGACCUCCUCCUUCCCAGCCUCGGGUUCAGGCCAGUCCACGCCAGGAGCAGUUCCACGAACCGCACCCGCCCUACCGGCCUCCCCAUCAUUCCAUAUCCUCCCGCAAGGGUGGCCAAUCCUCCCCUUCUCCCAAAUUCCCCUUGUCCAACACGCAUACUUAUACUGGAACCCAGGUUCUUCCACAGCUAGCUCCCCCGCAACAACAACAGCAACAGCAACAACAACAGCCUCAACAGCAGCACGAAGGUCCUAACAACGGUCCAGCACCAGGUCCUCCCCCUUUCCCACAGCCUCGACAAGGCCUCGGACCUGGUCCUGGCCACGGACCGGGCGGCCCCGGUCCCAACAACCAAGGUCCCAACGGCGCCGGGCCCUCACAGUACGGCCGACCGUUCACUCCCCCAACUGAAAUCCGUCCCAUCCGCGAGGAACGUCCUGCCUCCGCCAACGGCACUGGCCCAGGCAACGGUGCCAACACUGCCGGCGGACCCGGCCCGGCGUUCGCACCACACCAGCCGCCAUACCACCAUGUUCCUGGACCCGGCGGACCGGGCCAGCAAGGGGUUCAGCAGAACGGCGGCAUCGCCUCGGGAGCCCCCGCACCCGCCUCAGCCAUCGCAGCGGCUGAAGCGGCCGCUCGUGAGCGAGACGAGCGACCAGCGUCGAGCAUGAAGCGAGUGCGAGAAUGGGAGCCCGAGCCGGGGCCCGGGGCCGGACCGGUCAAGAAGAUUGCAAAUGAAGAAACACGCAGUCGACUUGACGGACGACACGACACUCGCAUGGAAGAUCAGCCGGGCCCCGGACAGGUCCCUGUGCAGGGACAAGGACCCCCUCCACCACCACCCGGCCCACCACAGGGGCCAUCACGCCGUGGCUCCCCUGGUCCCGCCGGUCCGGUAUCGGGCAUGGGAGGAUUGAACGUACGCCUGGCGUCACCACGAGAUCUCCGCCGACGCAGCUCGUCCGAAGCCCGUCGCGAGGAUCGUGACCAUGCUCGCCGUGCCCAUGAGCCAUACCAUCCGUCCGACGCAGCUCACCACCCGCCAACCUUACCCCCAAUCCAGCACAUGGGGGGGGGACCCAAGAGCGAGCCUCAGACCCCCGGCCAAGCUCCCACCGGCCCAUCGGGAGGGCCCCAGUCUCUCCCUUCGCUGUCCGCCGGUCUCCCAAAGGACGAGCGUGAUCGUGACAGAGAGCGAGAGCGCGACAGGGAGCGUGAGCGUGAGCGUGAAAGGGAAAGAGAGCGUGAACAGCGGGACCGGGACCGGGACCGCGAGCGAGAGCGGGAGCGAGAACAAAGAGAACGGGAGCGCGAGCGAGAUCGUGAUCGUGAGCGAGACCGCGAGAGAGAGCGGGAGAGGGAACGUGAGCGAGAGCAGCGGGAGCGGGAGCGGGAGCGAGACCGAGACCGCGAGCGAGAGCGUGAACGGGAGCGAGAACAGCGAGACCGUGAGCGAGAGCGAGAGCGAGAGCAGAGGGAGAGGGACCGAGACCAUGACGGCCGGGACCAGCGGGAUCGCAAGGACCACUCUGCUCUGCCUCCUGUCUCAGUCUCGUCCCAGGGCCCGCUUGAGCCGCCCGCCCGCAAAAUGGACGUUGACGAAGACUACGACGAUGAAGGGGACGACGAUACGGGCAGCAAGAAGCCUGCUGCCAUGGUGGGCAAGGGCGGCAGUCCCGGCAGCGUCAAUGGAAGCGGGAGUGUGACUGGCCGUGACCGUGAGAGGGAGCGAGACCGAGACGGCCAGGGCUCCCAGCGGGACAGGGAUAGGGACCGAGAGCGGGAGAGAGAGCGUGGCGAGCGCGACAGCCAGACGAAGGCCGAGGCGUAG